AUGCCCGACCAGAUCACCUCCCGCGGCGUGAACAACGACGGCAACAAGUACGACACGCGUGUCGACGAGGCUGGAAACAAGGGCUACCACUACUCCAAGUACGCGACGCACCCUCGGCUCAUGACUGACCGCAGCUGCGACGAGUCGUACUACUACAAGAACACCAACGGCUCGACGUACUACAACAGCGGUACCGGCUACACUCAGUACACCUCGCCCUCGGGCGGCACCACCAAGACGUACACCUCGCCCUCCGGUGCCACCACCAAGUCCUACACCCCAGCCGGUGGCUCGGGUGGUUCGGGCGGCUCGGGCAAGGGCUCUGGCAAGAAGUAG